AUGGCGACAAACAGCGGCCGAGGAAACCCCAUCGGCGCCAGCGAGGGUCUUGAAGACGCUACCAAUACCCCUCCAGCCGUCCCCGCCGCGGAAAAGAAGAGCAUCACCGAGUCUGCUGCCCCCGUCCAUGCCUCCGGUGCUGAUGCCGGUGCCGAGGGCGGUGCCAAGGUGAAGACUGCCAAGGAGUUGGAGAAGGAGCGCAAGAAGGCCGAGAAGCAGGCCAAGUUCGAGGCCAAGAAGGCAAAGGCCGCCGCGAGCGCCCCCAAGCCAGCCAAGGAGAAGAAGCCCAAGGAGAAGAAGGUCGAGGAGGAGCCCCUCCCCGAAUACGUCGAGGACACCCCCGAGGGUGAGAAGAAGCGAAUCCGAUCGUUCGAGGACCCCCAUUUCAAGGCAUACAACCCCAUUGCCGUCGAGUCGGCAUGGUACAGCUGGUGGGAGAAGGAGGGCUUCUUCAAGCCCGAGUUCAAGCCUGAUGGCAAGGUCAAGGACGAGGGCAGCUUCGUCAUUGUCCACCCUCCUCCCAACGUCACUGGUGCCCUGCACAUGGGUCACGCUCUCGGUGACUCUCUUCAGGAUCUCAUGGUUCGAUGGAACCGAAUGCAGGGCAAGACCACUCUCUGGUUGCCCGGCUGCGAUCACGCUGGUAUCUCGACUCAGAGCGUCGUCGAGAACAUGCUCUGGAGAAAGGAGGGCAAGACCCGACACGAUCUUGGCCGAGCCAAGUUUGUCGAUACUGUCUGGCAGUGGAAGGAUGAGUACCACAAGCGCAUCAACAAGGCCCUGACCAGCCUGGGAAGUUCUUUCGACUGGAGCCGAGAGGCUUUCACCAUGGACGCUAACCUGUCCGCGGCCGUUACCGAGACUUGGGUCCAGCUUCACGAGGAGGGCACCAUUUACCGUGCUAACCGACUUGUCAACUGGUGCACAAAGCUCAACACUGCCCUGUCUAACCUCGAGGUCGCCAACAAGGAGCUGACUGGCCGAACACUCCUCGAUGUCCCUGGCUACGACAAGAAGGUCGAAUUUGGUGUCAUUGUUCACUUCAAGUACCCCAUUGAGGGAUCCGACGAGCUCGUCGAGGUCGCCACUACCCGUAUCGAGACCAUGCUGGGUGACACUGGUAUCGCCGUCCACCCCAAGGACGACAGGUACAAGCACCUCAUCGGCAAGACUGCCAUUCACCCCUUUAUCGAGGGCCGCAAGCUCCCUAUCAUCGCCGACGAGUAUGUCGACAUGGAGUUCGGAACUGGUGCCGUCAAGCUUACCCCUGCCCACGACCCCAACGAUUUCACCCUCGGCCAGAAGCACAACCUCGAGUUUAUCAACAUCUUGACUGAUGAUGGUCUCAUGAACGAGAACGCCGGCCCCUACAAGGGCCAGAAGCGAUUCGACGUCCGUUACACCAUUCAGGAUGACCUGAAGGCCAAGGGUCUGUACGUCGACAAGAAGGACAACGCCAUGAAGGUCCCUCUGUGCGAAAAGUCCAAGGACGUCAUUGAGCCUCUCAUGAAGCCUCAGUGGUGGGUUCGCAUGAAGGAGUUGGCCGAGCCUGCUCUUGCUGCUGUCCGAGACGGCCGCAUCAAGAUCCGCCCCGAGACCGCUGAGAAGAGCUACUACCGAUGGCUCGAGGACAUCAAUGACUGGUGUAUCAGCCGACAGCUCUGGUGGGGUCAUCAGUGCCCUGUCUACUUUGCCAACAUCGAGGGAGGCGCUGGAGAUAUUCCCGAGGAGAAGCUCUGGUUCGCUGGCCGGACUGAGCAGGAGGCCGAGGAGAAGGCCAAGGCUGCCCUGCCCGGCAAGACGUUUACUCUUAAGCGUGAUGAGGAUGUUCUUGACACCUGGUUCUCUUCUGGCCUCUGGCCCUUCAGCACCCUGGGCUGGCCCAACAAGACCCAUGACCUCGAGACCCUGUACCCCACAUCCGUCCUGGAGACGGGUUGGGAUAUUCUCUUCUUCUGGAUUGCCAGAAUGAUCAUGCUCGGACUCAAGAUGACGGGCGAUAUCCCCUUCAAGGAGGUGUACUGCCACAGUCUGGUCCGAGAUUCCGAGGGUAGGAAGAUGAGCAAGAGUUUGGGUAACGUCGUUGACCCCCUGGACGUCAUUGCCGGUGUCAAGCUGGACUACCUCCACGAGAAGCUCCUUCAGGGCAACCUGCACCCCAGCGAGGUCGCCAAGGCCACCAAGUACCAGAAGACCGCCUUCCCUGACGGCAUCCCCCAGUGUGGUGCCGAUGCUCUGCGCUUCACCAUGAUCAACGCCACCACUGGUGGUGGAGAUAUCAACCUGGAUGUCAAGAUCAUCCACGGAUACCGAAAGUUCUGUAACAAGAUCUUCCAGGCGACCAAGUACGUCCUUGGAAGUCUUCCUCAGGACUUCACUCCCUCCAAGUCGGGUAUUGCCCGCGGCAAGACUCUGGCCGAGCGAUGGAUCCUCCACAAGAUGAACACUGCUGCCAAGGAUAUCAACCGCGCUCUUGAGGACCGCGAGUUCUCCAAGUCGACGCUCAUCGUCUACCGCUACUGGUAUAACGAGCUUUGCGAUGUCUACAUCGAGAACUCCAAGUCCAUCAUCCGAGAUGGCACCGAGGAGGAGCGCAACUCGGCCAUCCAGACCCUGUACACGGCUCUCGAGGCUGCCCUGACCAUGAUCCACCCCUUCAUGCCCUUCAUCACCGAGGAGAUGUGGCAACGAAUGCCCCGGAGACCCGAGGACGAGACCAAGUCUAUCAUGGUUGCCAAGUACCCCACCUACACUGAGGAGCUUGACGACCCUGAGUCUGAGCGUGCUUACGAGCUUGUUCUGGGCUGCGUCAAGGCCACCCGAUCAUUGAUGGCCGAGUACGCCCUCAAGGAUGACGUCGAGGUCAUCAUCCAGGCCUACAACGAUACCUCCCUGGCUACUGUCAAGGAGCAGGUCGCCUCCAUCAAGACCCUCAGCGGCAAGGGUAUCAAGGGUGUUGAGAUCCUGUCGCCUGAUGCCACUCGGCCGGCCGGCUGCGUCGCCUACCCCGUGUCGACGGAGGCGGCUGUCUUCCUGCACGUCAAGGGCCGCGUCGACAUCGACGCCGAGAUCGCCAAGGCGCAGAAGAAGCUGGACAAGGCCCGAAGCAGCAUCCAGAAGCAGGAGAAGAUCCUCAACGACCCUGGAUACCUCGAGAAGGCCUCGGACGCCAUCCGCGAGACGGACCAGAAGAGGCUGGCCGACGCCAAACAGGAGCUCACCAGCUUCGAGGAGACCAUCAAGCAGUUUGAGCAGCUGAAGCUCGAGUAG